CUUCCAAACCUCCCAGAGCCGUUCCAUAGGACCACGCUCGGAGUUGGGUCGAAGAAGUCUCGUUUGUUUUCUUUUUCUUUCUCGCGUGGAGUGUGACGUCACGGGACUACAGAACCAGGAAACAUCUGCAGAGGCAACAUGUGUGGGGGCUGCGUGAAGACGGAGUAUCCGUCGCGGGGUAACACCUGCUUGGAGAAUGGGUCCUAUUUAAUGAACUAUGUGGGUUGCAUUGAAUGCAAAAAAAGGGAUUUCGUGAUGAUAACAAACAGAGUAAUGGAAGAUGAUGAUGGAGAAGAAAUUAUCACUUAUGAUCAUGUAUGUAAGAACUGUCACCAUGUGAUAGCCAGGCACGAGUAUACUUUCAGUGUAGUGGACGAUUACCAGGAAUACACCAUGCUGUGUAUGCUCUGCGGCAGGGCAGAAGAUUCUAUCAGUGUCUUGCCUGAUGAUCCUCAUCUGAUGACUCCAUUGUUCUGAACCUUUUUUAUUUUUUUAAGCCAUUGCAUUGUGUUAAUCUGUACUCUGUGACAGCAAUUCAUGAAACAGGCAUACGUUUAAAAAAUAUAUCCUAUUCAGUCUA